AUGCCUAUAUAUGCAAAUCAAUUAGAAAAUGGUUUAUAUGAUGUUACAUCAUCAUUAUUAAUUUCCAAAAAAUUAAUUCAUGGUGUUAUAUUUGCAACAUAUGGAGAUUUUGGUGAUCGAAUGUUUAAUCCAUCAAUUCCUUUUGAAAAAAAAUUAAAACAAUGUCAUGUACGUGAAAAGGGAAUUUAUAAAUAUUAUUUAUUACAUUUUAGACCAACAAAGAAUAUUUUAGGGACAAAAAGUUUAAGUGAACAAUAUGGACAAGUUUAUUUUUUGAAAAGAGAAGGAUUAGAUUUUAAAACUGAUGUUUUAGAACAUAUCUUGGAACAUCAUCAACAAUUGGAUGAUAUAAUGAGAAAUUGUUCAGGUAAUGCUAUAACAAGUUAUACAAUGGAAAAAACAGAUCGAUUCCCAAAUUAUUUUUAUGCAAAUAAUGCAGAUAUUUCAACAAGAGAAUUAACUGAAUAUUUAUUAAGAAAUUUUAAUCAAUUAGAAUUAAUUGAAGGUACAGUUAAUGUUACAACAAUAGUUUCCACUGAAAAGAAAGAUUUAGGUGAUGAUGGAUUACCAAGUUUAAUUACAAUAAUUAAAGCUGGAUUUAUGGAUCAAUUACCAAGAGAAUUAUUACAAGAAUUACUUCAAAGUCCUGAAAGAGAUCAUACAUUAGCUUUAAGUCCACAUGCUGCUCAAGAUUUACCACCAGCUUAUGAUGGUUAA